UAGAAGACACAGAUACAUUGUAGGUUUUCGCGGGAAUGCUAAGGCUUUCGCACAUACUCAUCAGCAGGGUAGUCUCGACUCUAGACACAGAUUCCCCUUAUGGGAUCUGCCAUUGCCGUGGAAGUUAGUUUCAAAUGGCUCUCAUUUAAUCAGUGAUUCAGGAUUAGAGCUCACUUUGUUCCUGGAAGAGGGCAAAUGACAAUGGCUGCUGCAAAUUAACCAACAAUAGAAGGUUAUGACUGCUAUUAAUGGAUGUCUAUACAAGAUGUGCAACUACAUACUUGGAAUGAAUACCAUGGGCUGUGAAUAAUGAAACUAGGCAAGCUCUGAACAUUAAUGAUAUUUUCUCCAUUUUCUUUCUUCCAAAUUGAACAGCAAUUAUGUCACAUUUAUCAAAUUUUAACAGGAUAAAGGGUGAACCUGUACACUAUUUUACUGGCAGAGUAAGAGCUUUUUGGAAAGAUCUGGUGUUUUUCUCUGAUGCAAGAAAUGUUGCAGUUAUUGAAAUUCAUGAUUUGUACAUAAAUGGAAAGCGAGCAUUUUCAAAAGAUUUGAGUUAUUUAGAAGACUUGGUAAGAAAUAGUGAUUGGAAAAAAUCUCCAGAAUUGCAUUCCUAUGUAAGUGAAUACCCUUAUGAUAUUCCCACUCCUUGGCCCUACCAACUCUCAGGGAAAGCUCUUUGGAAAGCCAAGUGUGCUUGGUUGGGUUGGAUUCCUAAUUGCAUAAAAAAUGCCAAUAUCAAUAAUAUUGUUCAUAUGCCCAUCAGUUACUACAGUGGUUUGGUAAAAAAAAUAUUUAUGGAUAAUAUUCUAUUUGGGGACAUGAGAAAUGAUAUAAUGGUUUCUUCAGAUAAUGUUUAUGUCAAUGGAGAGAGAGGUUUUAAAAGGAACACCCACGAUUCCACAGAUUCUUCUUGGAUUAAAAUCCGCGCUUACAUCAUCAGAUUAGAUGUUUUAACAAACAUGCAUCUUGGACCUCUACCUGAUUUGCCCAUUUGGCCCAAAGACAGUUUGUGUUCAGACAUGUGGGUGGCAAAGUUUGCUUGGUUUGGUGAUAUGCCUAAUGAAGUGAGGGAUCAAAUUGGAAGAUAUCAUGUCAUUCGCAUGAACCAGUGGAGUAACAUAUGUCAUGUUCCAUGGAAGGAUAAGAGUGCUCAGCAGGUGUCUGCCAAUAAAGAAUCUUGGAAAGACAGAUACAACUAUGAUGAUAAACAGAGAGUCCCUGAAAAAGAAAUAAGAUCUUGCCAUUUAUUGGUGCCAACAGAACAACCAGCUGGAUACAUGAGAGGGGCUCUCCUGUUGGCUGACAGUAAGCAGGCACUUAUGACAAGUUAUGUUGAUUUGAUUGCUUUCAGCAAGGAUAACUUUUAUGUUAAUGGGCAAAAAUUCAAAGAUAAUUAUGAUCUUUGUUUUUUCUUUAAAAAUCGUAGAGUUUGCUUAAAUGCAUGGGUGAUACCCUUUGAUAAACCAAAAGUGAUAUUCAACAUAAAUGUUGCAUGGCAUGCAGUGUGUGUUUGGUAUGGAAGUCCACCAAAGGAUUUGGAACACAUUAAGAAUAGUGCUUGUGGAAAAACUGUGGAUGACUUAGUAGAAAGUCCUUCUUCUGUCACAUUAACUCAUUUUUUGGGAAAUGUCUAUGAUUUACAUUAUGAUUCAGGUGAGCUCAUGAGUAAAGCUGGCCUUGAUCAAUCUGUGAAAGUAUCUUUUUCAAGAAAAGUUGUUUACAUGUAUGGAAGAAAAUUUAACACAGACUGCUCUCUCCUUGACAACCAACAAGUAUUACAGAACAACAUUUGGUCAGUUUUAGCAUAUCCAGUGUUAACAGAUAUGGCCAAUGGCAUUCCACAUUAUCAAGCAUUAGUUAUAUGGCAAUAUGAAGACCAGCACUCAAUGCAUGUAAUAUCAAAGAUUAUCACAGAAUUUGUGGAGGAAACGAAAAAUUGUUGCAAAAGAAAAGAGAAAGUAACCCAACACAUGUCUGGAUAUAUAGCAAAGAUUUCUGAUAAUUAUGGUAUCAUGAAAGUUGAAAGUGCAUCAGUGGAUAAUAUCUACUUAUACUUUAGGAAGGAAGUUCUUUAUAUUGAUGGAAAGUUAUUUCCAAAAAAUAUCUGUCUUCCAGCAAAAGAACAAGGAAGGCAGUGUAAUGCAGAAUGUAAGACUAUGCUGCCAAAAGAUGUUGAUGGUUAUCAGGUUACUAUGGAAGCAACAUUGCUAUGGAUUGGAAGGAAACCAUCACUUGAAUCUAGAAAACCUGCACCAGAUUUUUCAGGGAACCCUCAACAUGUACAAAACACUGAUUGUAGUGAUUACAAUGAACACUAUGCUGCAAAUAUGCAAACUGAAUCAUACACCAGGCCUGGUAGGGUCCUUCAUAUUGCUGAAGGAGUGAAGGUGGGUAGUGUCUUUAUUGUUGACAAACACUGUGGACUUAUUAUUUGCUCAAAUAUCAUUGCUGUCUUUUCCAGUGAUACCUUUUAUGUGAAUGGGAACAAAUUAAGCAGUAAUGAUUCCUUGGAUAAUUUUUGCUCAGAAAAUAAGAUUACUGUAAAAGCUAAGAUAGUGACUUUAAAAGCACCAAAAAUUGUGCUGAAUUGUGCAGUUAUGUGUGAAGCCAUUUGUACCUGGAUUGGGCAAGAGCCAAGUGACCUCACACGUUUACAAAGAGAACAUCUCAUUAAAAGAAACAAAUCUUGUGAUAUUCCCAAGAUAUCACACAAGUCUUUGUUAUACUUUGUGGGAAAAAUAAGUCCUGUUUCUAAAGAUGUUGCACUACUUGCCAGUUCAACUCCUGAGGGGACAUCAAAAAUUCUCUUUUCAAAAGAAAAUAUCUUUAUAAAUGGAAGUGUUGUAGAUAAAGAUGACAUUUUUGAAAAAUGGAAGAGAACCUCCUCUCAUAGUUGGUGGUCUGUUCUUGCUUGUCCUAUAUCUCCAAAAUAUAUAAUGGGUCAUUCAGUGUGCUACUCUGCUGUUGCAGUUUGGGAUAUGAGUCAUCACCACAAGAUGAGAAAAGUGUUACCUUUAGUAGCUUGUCAGGUAAAUGAUAAACCUGAUAAACAAGAGUAUUGCACAAAUGGAAAACUCAGUGGACCAAAGAAAUCAGCACUAGUCACACAAGAAGCAUCAUUACAUACCUUGCAGCUGAAGGAAUGCAGCAAAGAAAAGUUGCUACAGGUUAAAGGGUCAUCACAAUUGAAUGACUCCUCAGUGAUAGUCUCCAACAUUACCAAAGAAUGCUCUAAAGAUGAAACUAUUGUAUCUUCUGUUGAUUUAGCGCUGUCUCCUGAAAACGAAUUUUGUGGAAAGCACAUUAGAGGACAUGUUGUGAAAAAGACUGGAAGAGGGGGUAUAGCUCUGUGGAGAAGCCAGAUCUUUGAGGGCUUGGUUUUUAUUGAAUUUAAUACAGAAACUUUAUACCAUGACUUGGAGCCUAUUGUUGAAAUAUGGAGAGUCAAUGAUGUCAAGUCAAGAGCUUGUAACUUUUAUGUAAUUCCUGUACCACAUCAUAGGAUUGGUGAAUAUGUGGUGAGUCUUAAAGCAACGUGUGGCUGGAUGGGAAAGAAGCCAUCACACCUUCCAUCACCUGGCACCCAGCUUUUGUCUAAAAUUGAUCUGAGUAGUGUUCAUGUAACUCAACCAAAUGAUAUGCAAGGUAGUGAAUCAGAAAUGGUGCAAGUAUCCCAAGAAUAUCAUCAGAAGGGUAAUACUGUAAAUGAAAGAAACCUUGCAAAGAAUCACAUUCAAUUAGAGCUACCUGUCACUGGAAAGUUCAAGAACAUGAUGCAGGAAACUAAAAAUGAAGAAGCUUCAAGGACAGGCUGUGGGACACGAAAGCCAGCACAACCUGUGCUGCCGUCUAGACUUCCAAAUGCUGAUGAAUGUGGAAAAAUCUGGGAGGACAAGAACAAAAAGCAAAUCCAUCAUCAAGGUUCCAUUGUCGAGGUUCACUCCAGUGUAGGUCAGCUAAAGGGAGAAGAUGGAAGUCUUCACUACUUUCCACGUGAAAGCUGCCACCUUUAUGGUGUCCCUCUUCUUAAUGUGGAGCUGUGGCAUGUUCUUGCUGAAGAUGAUCCUGUUCUGUAUACUGUGAUAGAGCUUGUUCCUGGGAUGAUAAAAGUUCAGAAGGUGUGGCUUGGAGCUCUUGAACUGCCAAAUAAGAAGAUCACAAAUGAACAUAUUCUUGCUUGGUGUCAGAUGAAGUUGGUGCCUGAUGGCGCUCGAGACAUCUUGAUAAGUCAGCUAGAGAUGCAGUGAUGCUGGUGUCUCACCUUCCAGUUAGUGCUCCCUCUGACAUGUCAAGGUUAAGGUGAGGAGGAAGGGUCAGCAGUUCCAAUGGUUUCAACGUACUUAUCAAAGACUUACGAGUGCUCUUACUUACCAUAAGUUGAAUGUGCAAGCCGUGAAGAGGUCAAUUUUUCACUUUGACUUGCAAGUCAAAAUUUGAGUUGUAAGGUAGCUCCAGGGAGUGUGCCGUUGGUAGCUGGCAGAGUGAAUGCCAGAUCCACCCAGCAUCCCAUCUCCAGUGCAUUCAGGGAAAUGCUUCCCUGGAAAUAAGACGGGCAGUCUUAUUUCCAGGAAGCA